AAAUGGAAAGGCCGAAGCGAUCAAGAAAUACAGUCUCAAUUUCCUCUAUACUGUGCUUCUGGAAUUGAUUCCGCUACCCCACCUGCCAAAUAGCCUGUACCUAACCGUCAGAACCCUGAAUUUUUUAUUACCCCACCAAGCUGAAGCUCUCUCAUCACGACAGCAGAGCUUGUGAUACUGCGGUACCUCAUAACUAACACGUUACUGGUAUAGAUUUCUUGGGAAGCUCUAUACAUUGUAAUACUUAUACGCGUCAGCAUUGAACGACAGAAAGCUAUAUAAGUCUAGACAGGAAAAAAAUAAAAUCAGACGAGCUACUGAGCUUCAAGAGCUGGACGAUCAAAAAACUGGUAUAAGUAACAGGACCAACAUAAAAAAAUAUUCACAAUGGCGCCCCAACCCAUAAACGACACCCUCGACACCCGCAUAACCCCCACCUGCCCAGCCCAAAUAUCCCAAAUUCUCUACCACGCCUGGCACCACGACAUCACAGGCCUAAAGCCCCUCCUAACAGUCCCAGAACGGGCGCGGGCACAAGAGCCUAGUACUGGGGAAACACCAGUGCAUGCCGCGAUCCGGGCCUGCGCGCCCGUAAACCAGGACUCAUUUUCAGAUGAAGAAAGUGAUAUAAAACAUGCCGAGGAAACGGUACGGGAAUUGUUUAUGAGCGGGGCGAUUUGGAAUGGUCUGGAUAAUAAUGAUGAGACGCCUGGGUGUGUGGCUGCGAGGUUGGGGCUUGAGGGGUUGUAUACGCUGUGCGUGGAGGCGGGGGUGCGGGCGGAGUUGCUUUUUGGGUUGUUGGAUGGAUACGAGGAGUUAGAGUCCGAUGAUGGUGAGGAAGACGAAGAAGAUGCCGAAGAGGAUGUUGAAGGGGAAAACGGCGCGGAAGUCGAGGUUGAAGCACCUGCGGAUGCGGAUCCCGACAUAAUCCCGUUGAAACGAGCUGCUGGGCCUGAUGUCAACAGUGAGGAUUAUCUACGUUCGAAUUUGGAGUAUAGUGAUGGAAAAUUGGUGGAUUCUUCUAAGAACGGCGUUAUGAUGGCAUGGGAGACCUCUAUAAUGCGCGCUUCAGUGGACGCCCUACUCCCCAAUCUCACCCCUAAUCUGCGCAUCCUCAAUAUCGGCUUCGGGAUGGGUAUCAUCGAUGGAAUGUUCACAUCUACCAAUCCCUCGCGGCACCACAUUAUCGAAGCGCACCCCGCUGUCCUCUCACACAUCGCAGAGAGCCCUGACUCCAAAUUCGGCAAAGACUGGGAAGCCAGCGGGCCCAGUGAAGGAGCUUUCAAAGUCCAUGCAGGGCGAUGGCAGGAUGUCAUUCCCAAGCUAAUAGAGCAGGGCGAGACGUACGAUGCUAUUUACUUCGAUACAUUCGGCGAGGCCUACGGACAACUACGUAUGUUCUUUACCGAAUACGUACCAGCACUAUUAGAAGAAAACGGUCGGUUUGGAUUCUUCAACGGUUUAGGUGCCGACCGAAAGAUCUGCUACGAUGUUUACACGCAAGUAGUCGAGAUGCAUCUUAGCGAUGCGGGAAUGGAUGUAGAAUGGCAAGAAUUAGAAGUAGACAUGGAAGGCCUAGGCAAGGAAGGUGAAGGGGAAUGGAAAGGCGUCAAAAGACGGUAUUGGACUCUAGACAGUAAGUCAAUCACGAUUUUUCUUCCAACUUUUUUUUUUCUUGAUAGCAAGCUAACCCAUGACAGAAUAUCGACUCCCGACUUGUACCCUUAUGGGAUAAAUCCAUAUCGCAUCUUAAUUCUAGUCCUAUAACCAGGCCCCAAUUACUUUUCUGACGCGUUCGGUCGGUCUUUUUCUAUGUCUAUCCUUCUAAGGG